AAAGCGCAUCGGAAAAGGGCAGCACAGUUUCAGCAGCACGUGUUUGUGGCGUCUUGUAAGUGAAAAUUGCCGGAAAAAUGCCAAAGGUUCAGAAGACAAAGAGCGAGGAGGAGAUCCAGGUGUCCCCAGAGCCUGUGAGAAUGACCCGGGCUGUGGCCAGGAGACUGGGAUCUGUGGAGAGAGACACUCCAGGCACGCCGAAACGGUCGAAUUCGGUAAUGUCCUUGGACACAAUCAUUGAAGACACUCCAGGCGGAACAAGAUCCACCAGAGCCGCGAAGAAGACUCCUCCGCUGGAGACCAUUGAUGAGAAGGGCAAUCCGACGGAGAAUCGCAUCGGCACUCCGCGAAGGUCGCGCAGGACGUCAGUGAUUGCCGAUUCUCCCAUGCCACAGAGCUUCACGGCCUAUCGCCGGCCGGCCAGUGAUCAAGAGUCCAAUUCCACCACCACCACACCCAAUCCUGGACAGCCACGCAUAACUCGCCAGCGGGCAGCGUCCAAUCUCACGCAGCAGAACGUGGAGAGUCUCAAUGGACGAAGUGUGUCGUUCAGCAAGUCGCCGGAGAGCGAUCAGGAGCGCGUGCAGUUCCCCAAGACGCCCAGAGCGGCGGCCAAGACGGCCAAAGAGGCGGACACUUCGUCAGAAAGUAUUCCCUCGGACAAAGUGCCGAUGGUGCACCUGGAGCGCCUAACGUCCAUUCGCAUUUCAGAUGAGGGACAAACCGCGCAAGUGUCUGAGACUCAGAACAGCCCGAACGGCGAGAAGGUGGUGGAAGUUGAGGCUGGCAAUGAGGUGGAGGAGAUUGUUGAUGGUGCUGAGAAGGUGGAAAAGACUGCCGAGGACAAGACAGAGGAGAAAGUGCCGGAAGAUUCUGGUGUCACUGAUGAUGCGAAAACGGAGUUCUCCACAAGCUGGACUCAGUCUGUGACUGGUCAUAAGGAUAGCGAGGGUCCAAUUGACGCUUUCGGCGAGAAGGAGCGCAAGGAGGAGAAAGAGAAGCGUCAAGAAGUGCUCAAAGAGGCGGAACAACCCAUUAAACACAUCUACAAACUAGUGAAAAUCGACAGUGAAGAUGACUAUGCAGAAGAGGACGAUGAGGAAGAGGUGAAAACGGGUGAUUUUAUCGACGAUGAAGCUAUAGAGGUGGACGACGAGGAGGAGUCUAUGGAUGAGGAGGAGCGCAAAUAUCUGAAUGACCACGAAAUUCCCGUAGAUGGAAUUUCUCUGGGAUCGGAGGAUUCCGAAGAUGAUCGGGAGGUGGAUGAUGAUGACGAAGAGGAUUCUCAAGAUGACUUCAUUCAGUCUUCCGGCGAUGAAGCCGAGGAGAGUGCCGAAGAUGAUUCGCUGGAUGAAUUGGAGGCCAAAUGUGAGACGGUGAAGAAGGGCAGGAAGAGAAUCCGGGAGAUUGAAGACAGCGACGAGGAGAUAGAGAGAUAUAAAGACACCACCCUUGUACGCUUCCAAGGAACGGUCUUGUCGAACUUGACAGAGGAGGACAAGAGAGUGAUUGAUGCGGAGUUCGAUCAGGAUGUGUCAAUGACUUCUCUGUCGCCGUCUGAAAAGUCCAAAACGCCACAGAAAAGUCCUCAGCGUGAAUCGGUGCCGAGAAAUCUUGAGAAGGAUUUACGAGAAACCCCCGUGAAGGAGGCGCUUGAGGAAAAGGAGUCUCCGGAAUCACCAAAGCCAUCAUCUGACAGCGAUUCUCAGUCAGAGGAAGAGAAGGAGGGGAAGAAAGAGUCGGAGAGCGAUGGCCAAUGGGAGGAUCUUGAGGGGGAGGAAGAGGAGGAAGCGACUUCUCAAGGAAAAUCCUUCAGUGCUAUAACGGCGCGCUGUCAGGAGUUUCUGCAGAAGAAGCGUGAGGCUGCUGGUGUUCUGAGGAAGAUUAACCAGGAGAAGCGCGAGAAGAAGCGGGCGGCGAAGGAGCGAAAAGAGGAGUUGAAGAGGAAAGCGGAAGAGAAGCGCGCUGAUCUGGAGCGUCUCAAGGCGGAGUUGAAGGAGAAAAAGCAGCGCGAGAAAGAAGCUCAGCAGCAGGUGAAGGGUGAGGAGGAGCAUCCAGUGGUUACUGCGCAGGAAGAGAAUCCUCGGCAGUCCGCCAAGACGGAUUCAAAGGCCAAGGCAAAGGCUGUUGAAAUGAUUCCGGAAGCCACGAAGGAGUCCACGAAGAAGAAGAAGAGGGUGAAGCGUCAGGAUGCUGUGAACGAAGACACUGAAGAGUCCAUCGUGCAGAAGAGCAAGAAGAAGAAGAAGGAAAGACAGCAAGAAUCCCAGCAAGAGGAGGAGGAGAUGUCGAUGAAGAGGAAGAAGAAAAAGACUGUUCCGGCGGAAGAUUUGCCAUCAAAGGAUCCCAAGCGUCUCCCUCUGUCUCUGCUUAAUCAACUUGCUGCCACUGAACGCACGCCGAAGAUCAAGGACAGGAGCAAGAGAACUGCGGAAGAAAAUCCGGAACACACUGGAAUGAAGAAGAGACGCAAAAUUGCUCCGGAAUCUCCCAAGCAAAUCAAUACGACGUCCGGGAUGUUCAAUGUGGAGCCUCUUGUGGCCAAGGACAACAUCUUCAGUGUGCGCGAUGCGAAGUUGAUAAGGAAGGCGCAGGUGACGAAGCAGUUCAAGAGGGAGAAGAGGCUGAAGCAAUUUAAGCCUGCACAUCAGGUUCAAGAGCCCAGUGCCGUAUUUCCGCGUUCCACGACCUCCUGGACGGCCACCGGAGUGUUCCAGAUCACGGACAUCCAACCGCAGGUGCGCGUGGUGGAGACCGGAGUCCGUGGGGGCGCCAUGGAGUUUGUGGUGACAUCACUGGAGCCCAAGAAGGGCAUGAGCAAGAAGACUUUGAGCACAAGUGCCUUGGAGAAACCUGCCAAGAGUUUCAAGGAGGCUAAACUGUAUGGCAGCGGCACUGUGCGGGAGUCCUCCAAGGACUUAAUGCACAGGAAUGUCAAAAAGAAGUUCCUCAGCAAGUGAAGCAGUCUCAUGGGUCUCGUGUACAUUCUCUGCAUUUUUUU